CGCCCUGGACGGCGCGGCAGGGACCGUGUACCUGGCGGCCGUCAACCGCCUCUAUCAGCUGUCGGGCGCCAACCUGAGCCUGGAGGCGGAGGCGGCCGUGGGCCCGGUGGCCGACAGCCCGUUGUGCCACGCCCCGCAGCUGCCGCAGGCCUCGUGCGAGCACCCACGGCGCCUCACCGACAACUACAACAAGAUCCUGCAACUGGACCCGGGCCAGGGCCUGGUGGUCGUGUGCGGCUCCAUUUACCAGGGCUUCUGCCAGCUGCGGCGCCGGGGCAACAUCUCCGCCGUGGCCGUGCACUUCCCGCCCGCCGUGCCGGCAGCCGAGCCCGUCACCGUCUUCCCUAGCAUGCUGAACGUGGCGGCCAACCACCCGAACGCGUCCACCGUGGGGCUGGUCCUGCCGCCGGCCGCCGGCGCGGGGGGCAGCCGCCUGCUCGUGGGCGCCACGUACACCGGCUACGGCAGCGCCUUCUUCCCGCGCAACCGCAGCCUGGAGGACCACCGCUUCGAGAACACGCCCGAGAUCGCCAUCCGCUCUCUGGACGCGCGCGGGGACUUGGCCAAGCUCUUCACCUUCGACCUCAACCCCUCCGACGACAACAUCCUCAAGAUCAAACAGGGGUACAAGGAGCAGCACAAGCUGGGCUUCGUACGCGCCUUUCUGCACCCGCCGAACCCGCAGCCCAGCGCGCCGUCCUACGCGUACCUGGCGCUGAACAGCGAGGCGCGCGCGGGCGACAAGGAGAGCCAGGCGCGGAGCCUCCUGGCGCGCAUCUGCCUGCCCCGCGGGGCCAGCGGCGACGUCAAGAAGCUCACCGAGUCCUACAUCCAACUGGGCUUGCAGUGCGCGGGCGGCGCGGGCCGCGGCGACCUCUACAGCCGCCUGGUCUCCGUUUUCCCGGCGCGCGAUCUGCUCUUCGCUGUCUUUGAGCGACCUCCGGGGGGCCCAGCGGCCCGUGCGGCCCCCGCGGCGCUCUGCGCCUUCCACUUCUCCAACGUGCAGGACGCUAUCCGCGCUGCACGCACUGCCUGCUUCGUGGAGCCGGCACCGGACGUGGUGGCAGUACUGGACAGCGUGGUGCAGGGCACCGGGCCGGCCUGUGAGCGCAAACGCAACAUCCAGGUCAACCUGAACGAGAGCAUGCAGGUGGUGAGCCGGCGGGUGGUGACGGUGGCCUACGGAGAGCCUGUGCACCCCAUCAUGCAGUUUGACCCCGCAGACCCUGGCUACCUCUAUCUGAUGACCUCCCACCAGAUGGCAAGGGUGAAGGUGGCCGCGUGCGACGUGCACUCCACCUGCGAGGAUUGUGUGGGUGCGGCUGAUGCCUACUGUGGCUGGUGCACCCUGGAGACUCGGUGCACUGUGCAGCAGGACUGCGCCAACUCCAGCCAGCCACACUUCUGGGCCAGUGCAAGCGAGGGCACCGGCCGCUGCCCCGCCAUGACUGUCCUGCCCUCGGAGAUCGACGUGGGCCGGGAGUACCCGGGCAUGAUCCUGCAGCUCUCAGGCAGCCUGCCAGACCUCAGUGGCAUGGAGAUGGCCUGUGACUAUGGGAACAACAUCCGAACGAAGGCCCGGGUGCCAGGCCCGGCCUUUAGCCACCAAAUCGCCUACUGCAACCUCCUCCCAAAGGACCAAUUCCCCGCCUUCCCACCAAACCACGACCACAUCAAGGUCGAGAUGUCUGUGAGGGUCAAUGGGCGGAACAUCGUCAGGACCAAUUUUACCAUCUACGACUGCAGCCGCAUUGGACACGUGUACCCCCACACUGCCUGUACCAGCUGUCUGUCAACACAGUGGCCCUGUUUCUGGUGCGCCCAGCAGCAUGUCUGUGCUUCCAACCAGUCUCAGUGUGAGGGCUCGCCGAAUCUCAUGAGCCCCUUGGACUGCCCUCAGACCCUGCCUUCUCCCCAAGCCCCCGUGUCCACAGGGGCCUCCCAGGAUUUCUUGGUACCUCUGGCCAAUGCCUCCUUCUUCCAAGGCACGGCCCUCGAGUGUAGCUUUGGGCCGGAGGAGAUCUUUGAGGCUGUCUGGGUGAAUGAGUCAACCGUACGCUGCAACCAGGUGGUGCUGCACACGACCCAGAAGAGCCAGGUUUUCCCACUCAACCUUCAGCUCAAGGGACAGCCAGCCCGAUUCCUGGACAGCUUGGACCCCAUGACAGUCGAGGUCUAUAACUGUGCCAUGGGCAGCCCUGACUGUUCCCAGUGCUUGGGCCGAGAAGACUUGGGCCACCUCUGUGUGUGGGGUGAUGGCUGCCGCCUACAGGGGCCCCUACAACCUCUGUCCGGUUCCUGCCCUGCCCCUGAGAUCCACACGAUUGAGCCCCUGAGUGGCCCCCUGGAUGGCGGGACCCUGCUGACCAUCCGUGGCAGGAACCUGGGCCGGCGGCUCAGGGAUGUGGCCCACGGCGUGUGGAUUGGUGGUGUGGCCUGUGAGCCGCUGGCCGACAGAUACACGGUGUCAGAGGAGAUUGUGUGUGCCACGGGGGCCGCCCCAGGACCCUUCUCAGACGGGGUGACAGUGAACGUCUCCAAGGAGGGCCGGUCACAUGAACGCUUCUCCUAUGUGCUGCCCCUGGUCCUCUCCCUGGAGCCUGCCAUGGGCCCCAAGGCAGGGGGCACCAGGAUCACCAUCCACGGGAGCCACCUGGACGUGGGCUCCGAGCUCCAGGUCCUGGUCAACGAGACAGAGCUCUGCACUGACCUCGUGCGCACAGCCGCCAGCAUCUCCUGCACUGCGCCCGGCGGGGCCCUGCCCGUCCUCGUGCCCGUGUGUGUGCGUUUCGAGCGCCGCGGCUGCGUGCGCAGCAACCUCACCUUCCGCUACAUGCAGAACCCCGUCAUCACCACCAUCAGUCCCCGCCGCAGCCUAGUCAGCGGCGGGAGGACCAUCACGGUGGCCGGCGAGCGGUUCUACAUGGUUCAGAAUGUGUCCAUGGUAGUGUCUCACAUCGGCCGCGAGCCCACGCUCUGCAAGGUUCUCAACUCCACCCUCAUCACCUGCCCGUCCCCGGGGGCCCUGAGGAACGCGUCCGCCCAGGUGGACUUCUUCAUCAAUGGGCGCGUAUACGCAGACGAGGCGGCCAUGGCCGAGGAGCUGCUGGACCCUGAGGAGGCCCAGCGCGGCGGCAGGUUCCACCUGGACUACCUGCCUGACCCACAGUUCUCUACUGCCAAGAGGGAGAAAUGGAUCAAACACCACCCUGGGGAGCCUCUGACCCUGGUCAUCCACAAGGAGCAGGACGGCCUGGGCCUGGAGAGCCAUGAGUACCGGGUCAAGAUCGGCCAGGUGGCCUGCGACAUCCAGAUUAUCUCGGAUAGAGUGAUCCACUGCUCUGUCAACGAGUCCCUGGGUGCCACGGAGGGCCAGCUGCCCAUCACAAUCCAGGUGGGGAACUUCAAUCAGACCAUCGCCACCCUGCAGCUGGGGGGGAGUGAGACUGCCAUCAUCGUGUCUAUUGUCAUCUGCAGCGUCCUGCUGCUGCUGUCUGUGGUCGCCCUGUUUGUCUUCUGUACCAAGAGCCGCCGAGCUGAGCGCUACUGGCAGAAGACGCUGCUGCAGAUGGAGGAGAUGGAGUCUCAGAUCCGCGAGGAGAUCCGCAAAGGCUUUGCUGAGCUGCAGACGGACAUGACCGACCUGACCAAGGAGCUGAACCGCAGCCAGGGCAUCCCCUUUCUGGAGUACAAGCACUUUGUGACCCGCACCUUCUUCCCCAAGUGCUCCUCCCUUUACGAAGAGCGUUACGUGCUGCCUUCCCAGACCCUCAACUCCCAGGGCGGCUCCCCGGUGCAGGAGACCCACCCGCUGCUCGGAGAGUGGAAGAUCCCCGAGAGCUGCCGGCCCAACAUGGAGGAGGGGAUCAGCCUGUUCUCCUCGCUGCUCAACAACAAGCACUUCCUCAUCGUCUUCGUCCACGCGCUCGAGCAGCAGAAGGACUUCGCCGUGCGGGACAGGUGCAGCCUGGCCUCCCUGCUGACGGUGGCGCUGCACGGCAAGCUGGAGUACUACACCAGCAUCAUGAAGGAGCUGCUGGUGGACCUCAUCGAUGCCUCGGCUGCCAAGAACCCCAAGCUGAUGCUGCGGCGCACCGAGUCCGUGGUGGAGAAAAUGCUCACCAAUUGGAUGUCCAUCUGCAUGUACAGCUGCCUGCGGGAGACCGUGGGGGAGCCGUUCUUCCUGCUGCUCUGCGCCAUCAAGCAGCAGAUCAACAAGGGCUCCAUCGACGCCAUCACAGGCAAGGCCCGCUACACGCUCAACGAGGAGUGGCUGCUCCGGGAGAACAUAGAGGCCAAGCCCCGGAACCUGAACGUGUCCUUCCAGGGCUGCGGCAUGGACUCCCUGAGCGUGCGGGCCAUGGACACAGACACGCUGACGCAGGUGAAGGAGAAGAGUCUGGAGGCCUUCUGCAAGAACGUGCCCUAUUCACAGUGGCCACGUGCCGAGGACGUGGACCUCGAGUGGUUUGCCUCCAGCACACAGAGCUACGUCCUGCGAGACCUGGACGACACUUCGGUGGUGGAGGACGGCCGCAAGAAGCUCAAUACACUGGCCCACUACAAGAUCCCUGAAGGAGCCUCCCUGGCCAUGAGCCUCACAGACAAGAAGGACAACACCCUGGGCCGAGUGAAAGACUUGGACACAGAGAAGUAUUUCCAUUUGGUGCUGCCCACGGACGAGCUGGCUGAGCCCAGGAAGUCGAAUCGCCAGAGCCACCGCAAGAAGGUGCUGCCCGAGAUCUACCUGACCCGCCUGCUGUCCACCAAGGGUACACUGCAGAAGUUCCUGGACGACCUGUUCAAGGCCAUUCUGAGCAUCCGCGAGGACAAGCCUCCACUGGCCGUCAAGUACUUCUUUGACUUCCUAGAGGAGCAGGCUGAGAAGAGGGGCAUCUCGGACCCAGACACAUUGCACAUCUGGAAGACCAACAGCCUUCCUCUNCGCUUCUGGGUGAAUAUCCUGAAGAACCCCCAGUUCGUCUUUGACAUUGACAAGACGGACCACAUCGAUGCCUGCCUCUCAGUCAUCGCUCAGGCCUUCAUCGACGCCUGCUCCGUCUCUGACCUGCAGCUGGGCAAGGACUCCCCCACCAACAAGCUCCUCUACGCCAAGGAGAUUCCCGAGUACCGGAGGAUUGUGCAGCGCUACUACAAGCAGAUCCACGACAUGACGCCGCUCAGCGAGCAGGAGAUGAACGCGCACUUGGCCGAGGAGUCUCGGAAAUACCAGAACGAGUUCAACACCAACGUGGCCAUGGCAGCCAUCUAUAAGUACGCCAAGAAGUACCGCCCCCAGAUCAUGACGGCCCUGGAGGCGAACCCAGCAGCAAGGAGGACGCAGCUGCAGCACAAGUUUGAACAGGUGGUGGCAUUGAUGGAGGACAACAUCUACGAGUGUUACAGUGAGGCCUGAGAGGCAGCUGGACACGGGAGAGGCGCUGCCCGGACCCUCCACUCACCAAGCCCUCGGCCGUCUUUACUUCCUGGGGCCGGCUCAGGCUGGGUGGGACAUGACUGAGAGGAUAUGCCUGGGAUGGAAGGACCUCUGCGCCAGGUCGCUUGGGCACCUCUCUCCCCUCUUGCCUGUCCCUAGACCUAGUCUCUGGGUGAAGGCCUUGAAUGACAGCAGUCCCUGGCCAGGGCCCUUCCACCAGGUGCAGCUUCAACUCCCUAUCCUCUUGUUCCCACAGGGGGGAGGGGGCCACAUACUGAGAAAGCCCUACCCUUCGGCCAUCCAGUGCUCAAGGGCAGAGCAGGCCGCUGGGGUCCAGGCCACCCACUAGAAACACUACCUCAUGCAAACUGGCGUCGGGGAGGGCUCCUGGAACCUGUUCCAGUUGGUCUCUGCUUCCUUCCCCCUUGCAAACACACCAAGUUUGGGUCUUCAAGUGCCCCGAAGGCUGCCCCUGGGCUGGGCGUGGAGGUGGAAACAAAAGCACUGGGAGUCUCCCGGAGGAGGGAGGGGCCGCAGGAGAGGGGACAGGUGCUAGGAGCCCCUGGUCUUGAGGUGGGGAGAGCAGUUAGACGCAUCAAGGCUGUAGCUGGGCUACUUGAACUUGCUGGAAGUGUUUCUAAAGAUAGCACCACUUUUUGUUUUGUUUUUUUAAAAAAAAGCUUUUAUAUAUUAAAGAACGUAUCUUGCGCCAA